GCCUCUAGCGGUGACGUGUGCAAAAUGCAAAGUGACGUGUGCAAAGUGCAGUGCUGAAGUACAACAGCAACUACGCCAAGCUGCAGGUUACAUCACAGUCUAAAGGUAAGAUGAAUUUAGAGGAGUACUUCAGAAGAAUUGGGUUCCACGGCUCCUACGAUAAGCCGGAUCUGGAAACACUGAAGUUGAUCCACAAGCUGCACAUCUUGUCGAUCCCCUUUGAGAACCUCAGCAUUCACUGUGGGGAGAAGAUCAUCAUGGACCUGGAGGUGAUCUUCAAUAAGGUGGUGAGGACCAGCCGAGGAGGUUGGUGCCUCGAGAACAACUUUCUGUUUGGUUGGGUUCUCAGAGAAAUGGGCUACGACACAACAACACUGAGCUCCAGAGUGUUUAACAGUAUCCUCAAUGACUUUGGGCCCCUCGACUCUCACUUGGUCAACAAGGUCAUCAUCGAUGGGAAGCCUUACAUAACAGAUGUAAGUUUUGGGGUGUCAUCACAAGUACGGGAACCUCUGGAGCUCAUCUCUGGAAAAGACCAGCAUCAGGCAGCAGGGGUGUUUCGUCUUUUAGACAAAGGAGACAUCUGGGUGCUGGAGAAGACUGCUAGAAAACCACUGGUUGUCAAUCCAGAAUUUGCUAAAUCAAGUCUAGUGAACAGGAAGGAAACAAAGCAGAUCUACUGCUUCACAUUGGAGCCUCGUGAGACCGAACAUUUCCUUGAUAACAGCCACAAACUCCAGACAGACCCUGCAUCACUGUUCACUAAUAGGUCCAUCUGCUCUUUGCAAACCCCCACAGGAUUCAAAGCCCUGAUUGGCUGGACCUACUGUGAGGUCACCUACAAACCUGAGGAAGGUGUUGAUGUCUUAGAUAUGAGGGACAUAACAGAUGAUGAGAUAGAGCAAAUUCUGAGGGAACAGUUCAAUGUAAAGCUCCCAAACAAACUAAAGCUUGUGUGCAACAAAUCAUUUUACACACUCUAAAAAACCCUCAUGCACCACAGUUUUGGAUUGAAGCCUGUCUUAAUAUACCAAGCGUAUAAACACUAAAACAGACCAACUGAUGAUCCAAGUAUAGUAAUGUUAUUACUAAAAUGUCUGAGCAAUCCAACACUGUGAUUUGUUGUUUGAAAGUCUCAUGUGUAUUCUAUCUAUUCACUUAUAUAUUCUUGUUAUGCCUAUAUAAAAGGCAAUUUACUCUUUAUUUAUGUAUUUUUAUUUAAACAAGUAGAUUUGUGUAUCACAUGAUCACUCCAUUCCUCACGAUACAGAAGAGGGCAGCAUUUCUACCUCCACAAAGGCAGUUCUUUGUCCUAUAUCCUAAGCUAUAAUGUUCAUCUGACUGCAUAAUUUGUGUGGACAGCUUCUGUUUGAGUCCUGUUAUGAUGAACUUACUUUCCUGUUAAAUUGUCCUAAUUUAAAUUUCUUUAAAACACAUAUUUUAAACAUGUAAAUAUCACAGUGUUUGUAGUCUAAAUUUGAUCUAAGUCACAUUUUUAAAACAAUCUGAUAUAAAGGUAUUCAUUUAACUCUUAUUGUUGUUUGUUUAACAUUGUAGUUAUUGUAUUUCUUUGCCUAUCUCACUCCUUAUAUGCAGCUUCUUUUCAACUGUUUUUCAGUUAUGUUGCAGUAUUUUUAUUUUCUAUCAUUUUAUUUUUUCUCCUCUCAUGUACUUUCUAACUUUGAUUUUGAAAAGUAUAAAAAAUAAAGUUUAUGGAUAGUAUUAACAUUGUAA